AUGCUUCCACAAAAGAGGCAGUUUUUAGAGAUCAAUUCCGACAAUGGGAGUGAGACUUCAAGCUACGUUAGGUCCAACUCAGCUGGUCUUGCUAGAUCGGAAGGCUCAGAGCCGCCCUCAUUGCGACCUUCGAUCCAAAAGUUAGAGAUUAUGCUCUUAGAUUGCUCCCUCCCAAUUUCUGAAAUCGAACAGGAGGCAAUGAGAGCCUACGAUAAUUUAUACUAUCACUUCAAUCUUGAGCAUCAUGACGGAGACACCUUUGUAGCGUGCAGUCAGGGAAAUCUGAUUGCUUCCUGUAAUGCACUCUUAGGGGAAGCAUUCAACCAAAUUUCGCAUGAAGUGAGGCUCGAUUUCGACCUCUAUGUCACGCGUCAGUCAUGGGCCAAAGCCGUAACCUCACAGAGAAAAAUGAAGGAUGGCAUUUUAUACGCCAAUAUUAACGUUUUGGGGGAUAUCUCUCUAUGCAAGACCGUAGGAAACUUAUUGUCCGCAUAUCGACUUUAUCUCCAACGCCCUCUUCAUCUCAGUCCAGGACAAAUUUACCAAAACCCUCACCACGUCACAUUCCCAGGCCUUGAGCCACGUGUAUUGGAUCAAGAGGGAGAAGAGGGUAAUCGGACUCAUUUUGAAAAGGGCGAGGAGAUCGACCCGAUAGAGAAGGACAAGAAUGCCAUGAAAACUGAGUUUGCUGUUGUUUUUGGUUCCCUCGUCAGAUCACAGUGCUUGGGCGAGCAUGCGGCAAACCGGAGGAUCAAAGCUGAUCUCCUACCGCAUCAAAAAGAAGCCCUAGACUUCAUCACGCAACGAGAGUCUGGCCCGAUACCAAGUCGCUUCUCUCUUUGGAAGGAAACACCAGAUACGUAUGAUGGAAAAACUUGUUACGAGCACGUAAUUACAGAGAAUAAGACUUAUGACAAGCCUGUUGAAACUGGAGGCGGCAUUUUGGCAGAUGACAUGGGUCUAGGAAAGACACUGACAAUGAUUGCUACGAUCGUGGCGACACUCAACGACUCGACAGCAUUUCAGAGCGCUUUUCUAACAUCAACGCCUGCCGAAGUCAACGAUGAGGCCUCUAUUUAUCGAGCAAGGGCAACGCUAGUUCUUGUGCCUUCACAAAUGCUACUAAAAUCUUGGGCUGAAGAGAUAAGCAAGCACAUCUACGGUGGCCUGAAAGUCUGCGAGUAUCACGGUCGAGGCCGAGAGUCGAAUCUCGAAACCAUUGCAAACUGCGAAGUUGUUCUCAGCACUUAUCAUACCCUGGUAAUCGAAAGCUCAAAACCUGCAAGUCCUCUGUUCAAACUCAAUUGGUUCAGGGUUAUUCUAGACGAAGCACACACCAUUCGAACGUCCUCCACACUGCUUUUUGAUUCAGUGAGACGGAUCGAAGCCAAGUUUCGCUGGUGUGUUACUGGCACUCCUGUUCAAAAUGGCUUGGAAGACCUGGGUUCGCUAGUAGCGUUCUUACGUGUGUCCAUGCUCGAUACUAGAGUUGAAUUCAAGCAGCACAUCAUUGAUCCAUUGACGCGAAAAUUUGGAGCAGGUUCAUCCAAUUUGCGAGUGCUACUGGAUUCAAUAUGUCUCCGUCGCAUUAACAAGCUUCUCGACCUGCCUGGUGUGGAUGAGAUCUGGCAUGAUGUCAAAUUGUCGGACGACGAACGGCGGCAAUAUGAUGCGGCCGAACAACACAUGUCAAACGAGAUCAAACGCCAAGUCAACCUAGAAAGAUCUAAGCGUGGUUACUUUGGGAUUUUGGAGCUCGAAAUGCGUCUCCGCCGAAUGUGUAAUCAUGGGACAUUUGAGCAGCCUCGAUCGGAGUACGGAGACCUAGCAAUAAACAAGAAUCCGGAAGAAGCAGACUGUACCAACUGUGACUUCUGCAAGAUUGAUUUGGAAGAUGAAAUGCUGGUUGGGAAUUUGUGCAACGGGCACUACACAGCCUGUGGUCAUUUAAUCUGUUCCAAAUGUCUCACUCACUUCGAGCAAGCUCUUGCAACAGCUAAGAGCGCAGCAGAGCGAAUGUGUCCGCUGUGUGGAUCCGAGCUGACGGCAGACUACCUCGUGGAUAGAGCUGAGGCUUUGGUGGGACGAAAGUUGCUACAAUCAACCGCUUCUUUCCGACGUGAGGGAGUAUCUUCCAAGAUAAACGCUCUCUUAGCAAACAUUGAGAAAACUAGCUCCCAGGACAAAAGCAUUAUAUUCUCAGGAUGGACGCUAACACUAGACCUCAUCGAACGUCAUCUAAAAGAUAGAGUUCAGUUUCAAAGAAUAGAUGGCACCACCUCCCUACCUAUGCGGAACAAGAUCCUGAACGAUUUCCGCAAAAACAGUAAGAUCCGCAUUCUGAUGAUGACCACCGGAACAGGCGCCGUUGGUCUCAAUCUCGCAGUUGCAAGCUGCGUCCACAUUUUUGAGCCUCAAUGGAAUCCGAUGGUAGAGGCUCAGGCCGUUGCCCGCGUCAUCAGGCUCGGGCAAAAGAAGCAGGUGUCUAUCAUACGAUAUAUCGUGAAAGGUACCGUAGAACAGACUAUGCGUUCGCAACAGCAGCGAAAAUUGGCUCUCGCGAACCUUGGGUGGAGCAAGGCGACUUGA